AUGAAAAAAGUUUACUGGCUUAAAAUAGUCGGAACAUUCAAAACGGGGGAUCUAACACCAGGAACAAAGUAUGAGGUUGUGUUUGUAGUGAAAUUAAAAGAUAAUGCAAUUGGAUGGGAGAAACCAGUGACUCUGAAGCUGAAGGUGAUACACCACAAUGGAGACAACGAUCGGGUGGAACGAAUAGAGAACUUGAACGAUUACAUAGGCCGCAAAUGGGUGGAUAUUUUGGCCGGAGUUUUUGUGGUUCCGCCGAAAAACACUCCCGCAAUUAUUACUUUCACCAUGUAUGAGACCGAAUAUAAGAAAAAAGGACUCUUCGUCAAAGGGGUUACAAUUCGUCCCACGAACUAA